GCUUGAGGAAGAGGAGGAGGAGGAGGAGGGGGAGAACCAGGAGGACCAGGAGGAAGAAGAGGAGAAGGAGAGUCCCACUUUUUCUGUAAAGCUCGGAGUCGCUUGAGGUCGCCGGAGGGUCGGAGGCUGUUGCCUCCCCGCCUCGCUCCGGAGGCCCGGGGAUGGCUACGGCGGGGGCGGCUCAGGAGAAGCAGUUCCCCCCGGCACUGCUGAGUUUCUUCAUUUACAAUCCCCGCUUCGGUCCCCGAGAAGGAGAGGAAGAAAAGAAGAUUCUGUUUUAUCAUCCGAAUGAAGUGGAAAAGAAUGAAAAAAUUAGAAAUGUUGGAUUAUGUGAAGCUAUUGUGCAGUUCACAAGGACGUUUAGUCCAUCAAAACCUGCAAAAUCCUUACACACACAGAAGAAUAGGCAAUUCUUCAAUGAACCAGAAGAAAAUUUCUGGAUGGUCAUGGUUGUACGGAAUCCCAUGAUUGAGAAGCACAGUAAAGAUGGAAAACCAAUUGUUGAAUAUCAGGAGGAAGAGUUAUUGGACAAAGUGUACAGCUCUGUACUACAACAGUGCUAUAGCAUGUACAAGCUUUUUAAUGGUACCUUUCUGAAAGCCAUGGAAGAUGGAGGUGUCAAAGUUUUAAAAGAAAGAUUAGAAAAAUUUUUCCAUCGGUAUUUGCAAACUCUGCAUUUACAGUCAUGUGACCUACUUGACAUUUUUGGUGGAAUUAGCUUUUUCCCAUUGGAUAAAAUGACUUACUUGAAAAUCCAGUCCUUUAUUAAUAAGAUGGAAGAAAGCUUGAAUAUAGUUAAAUAUACUGCCUUUCUCUAUAAUGAUCAACUCAUCUGGAGUGGAUUAGAACAAGAUGACAUGAGAAUUUUAUACAAAUAUCUUACCACUUCGCUAUUUCCAAGACACAUUGAGCCUGAGUUGGCAGGAAGGGAUUCACCAAUCCGAGCAGAAAUGCCAGGAAAUCUUCAGCAUUAUGGAAGAUCUGAAAAGGAACCGCAGUUUAAAUUUAUCUACUUCAAUCAUAUGAAUUUAGCAGAGAAAAGUACAAUUCACAUGAGGAAAACGCCUAGCAUAUCACUUACAUCUGUUCAUCCUGACCUUAUGAAGAUUCUAGGUGAUAUCAACAGUGAUUUUACGAGAAUGGAUGAGGAUGAGGAAAUCAUUGUGAAGGCAAUGAGUGACUAUUGGGUUGUUGGGAAAAAAUCGGAUCAGCGGGAACUAUAUGUUAUUUUGAAUCAAAAAAAUGCAAACCUGAUUGAGGUCAAUGAAGAAGUAAAGAAACUUUGUGCAACACAAUUCAACAACAUAUUCUUCUUGGAUUGACCAACAAAACAGCUUAUUUAAUAUGUCUAAAAAUUCAUAAAAAUUUUGUUUAACAUUACUGGCUAUUAGUCAUAUUAUUGACUGGAUUAAUGACAAUAGUAAAGCAAUACUUGCUUUGUAAGAAUAAAAUUUCUAUCGAUUCUGUAACUCUUGAUUGUAAAAUUUUUAGAUUUUAAAUAAUUAAGUGGAAUUAAUAAAAAGCAAGUCUGCUACAUCUAUGCCAUUCCAUUUCUCUGAUAUUAUGUGACUAUUUUACUGGAAAAUAAAAUGAAUAAAUUGCUAAAAAAAAAAA